AAAGCAUAAUUGUUCCUAAGCUGUCGCUUGUAUUUUUGUAGCAUGUAUAAUUAGUGGCAAAUUAUGCCUGUCCAUGAGAUCUGUCGCAAAUGCUUCUUUGCAGCUUACAGUGAGCAGACACACAAUGAGCAAUAUUUCAGCACGAUGUUAUUGAAUAACAGCCAGAUGGUUUUACAGCUUAAUUAAAUGCACAUUCUCAGCUUGGCAGGCUUAGUAAAUGAGCAGUCAGGAAAUGUCAACAAGUAAUGGAUCAAAGACGAGUUCUCUGACAGCUGAGUGUGUUUUUAUUGUCUUAUAAUGGUAAAGGCAUCGCUUUGAAAGAAACAGUUGUAAUGGUACGAACGCAGCAUCGUCUCAACUCAGCUUAAGUUUGGAAGACAGUCGAGCGGUUCAGUCAGAAGUGCCUUUGUUUAGUUUUUUUGCGGGGAGGGGGGGGUUAUAUAUUGUUUUGGGCCUAAUAGUUAAUGUUAUUAUGAAUUAUUGAGAGAAGGAUUUGGAGAUGUGUAUUUUUUCAGCAGUGAUUCAUCGUUGUCUAGACAAGGGAUGAAAAUAAGCUUUAAGUCCAAUUGAGCAUGUCUAUUCGGUCUCAGAUGUUUAUUUUCUACAAUCACUCCUGGCUUUUAAGGUCAUUUUUGUGGUUUAUCUAUUUAUUUCAAAUGUUAACCUGUUAAGAUCUGAAGUUUAGAUGAGACCAUAUGCAGUCUUCUGGCUCUUUAAUGUAGGCCAGAAAUUGAUAACUUAAGGCAUACUUUAAUUACAGCUGGUGUUUAAGAAAGUUAAAGUUAAAUAAAGCAUUUAUAAACACACACACACUUUGAUUUGUAAUAUAUGUAAUAUUUGAUAUGAUGGGAAAGCAGCAUUACAAAGUGGCAAAACAGAUGAAUAUAAUAUGGGGUACAUUGUUUGUUUGUUUUUGUUGUUGAUUUUUUUAAGCAAGCCAUGACUUUGCAUAGUGCACGUUUAGAUUUAUGGUUUUGCUUCUGACUUUUGAUCUGGAUGUGCAAAAGAAGAAGUCGUGCAUUUAUAAAGCUUGGUCGCCUGUAACAUUGGGAGCAGAGGCCGUAAUAUAUUACCUCUGCCCCGAAGGAGAAGGAAGGAGAGGUCAGUGUGCCCUUAAGAAUCUUACUCCACUGAGACAUUUAGUUUACUUUGCUGAGUCACACUGCAGUGUGACUGUUAUCAAGCUGUUGUGUGCCUGACUAGUAAAGAAGGCCCGCAUUAAAAUGCUGCACGAGCAACAAAAUACAAAUACAGGUGUCUGCUUGAGUUCUAAGGCUGUGUUUCUGUCUCGUCCAAAGGUACGGGAAGAUGUUCUCAAUUCAUUAAACAAUAACUUCCUCCAGACCCUAAAUCAGGCCUGGAAUGACCACCAGACAGCUAUGGUGAUGAUUAGAGACAUCCUGAUGUAUAUGGAUCGGGUGUACGUACAGCAGAAUAGCGUUGAGAACGUCUACAACCUGGGCCUUAUCAUAUUUAGGGAUCAAGUGGUUCGCUACGGUUGCAUCAGAGACCACCUCCGACAAACCCUGCUAGACAUGAUUGCCCGGGAGAGGAAGGGAGAGGUGGUGGACAGGUAGCCAAAAGUCACAAAUGGCAUUAUCUAAUAAAUUAUCUUUAGUUUUCAAAUAAAAU